AUGCAGAAAGUGCCCGACGCCGUCCGGGACGGGGACGCGGGCUCCGGCCUGCUAGCAAUGAGCGCGUUGUGCUGGGUGGUGAGGAGGAUGGAUCUCCUGACCGGCGCCCUCUGUCGCAGUGUGACCAGCAUGGACAAGGUCAACGUUUCGGGGUUGAAGGGGCUGCGGAAUGGGAUGAUAACCUUCGUCAAGGAGCACGUCGCUCUCAAACAGUCGGGCCAUGUCGGAGUUGCUGCCGACGCCUGUGACGACGACGGCGAGGAGGCCCCUUUGGCAUCCACAGCAAUAGGUGUCGCCUACACCGUCGAUGAUGCGCGUGGGACUUCGAUCGGAGAGCCCAGAGGCGGCGUCGACAAGGAAGAUGAGGAGGUGGGAAGGGCGGUGACUGGGACCGCGGAGAAGAACCAGGAGGAUAACGAGGAUCAGGAAGAGGACCAUGAGGAUCGUGAGGAGGAGGAGGAGGAGGAGGAGGAGGAGGACGAGGAGGACGAGGAGGACGAGGAGGAGGAGGAGGAGGAGGAGGAGGAGGAGGAGGAGGAGGAGGAGGAGGAGGAGGAGGAGGAGGCGGAGGAGGCGGAGAAGCAGCAAGAGGGGGAGCAGGAGGAAGAGGUCGAGUGGGAGUUGGAGGAAAUGGAGGUGGAGUACGUAGAGGGAGCGGCGGAAACGGCUGGGAGGUCGGCAGAUGUUGUGAACAAGGGAGGGGAAGAUGCCGACGAGGAGAAAGUCGGCGUGGAGGAGGCUCACGGGGGGGGUGAGAAGGUCGUGGUCGGCGAUGUGGAUGGCGACGCGAAGGAAGUUAUCGACCUCGAGGUCGUUGGAGAAGGGGAUAACGCCGCGGCCACGAAGCCGACGGGCGUGGAAGCGCCUACCGAGACCACCGCAGGGAAGGCCGGGGGGGAGCGGUCUAGGGUGAAGAAGGCGGCGCGCGGUCAUCCCGGUUCCUCCGCAUCUGGUCGGCAGGCACCGCUGGACGUCGUCGAGCAGCUGCGACAGGAGAACAUGCGAUUGACGGCAGAAAAUGCCCGUAUGGAGAAGGCGCUCGAAGAUGAAAGGGGUCGGGUGGACAGGUUUGUGUUGGGGAUGCGGGGACUCCUCGACAAGCUCCAGUCGUUGGCCAACCAGGUCGCCGUCUCCGACCAUAAUGCGGCGAAACGGCUGCUAGAUGCGACGUCGGCCGUGUCGACAACCAUCACGGACAACAUCACCAACCACAUGGACGAUCCGUGGAAGGCGAUGAAGUCCUUCGCCGAAAAGGCGUCGACGUGGUUGGCGGAAAUCGACGGUCCGGAGGGAAGUAUGGCAGUUGAACGCGCAAAAGCGGUCGCCGCCUUGGGCAACCACGUGGAAGCGGUGGUGGACGAUGCGAAGCUGGGUUUGGAGGACUUCAUCUCGAAGCACCUAGCCGCCGCGCAGGCCAACAUUGCCGCCGCGGUAACUCGCACCAUCGCCGUGCCGCCGCCGCCCCCGCAGCAGCCCACGCCAGCCUUCCCGGACGAGCUCAUGAAGUCGUUCAAGGCGGACGUGUUGAAGGCGGUGACGGAGGCCACCCAGCAGUCGUUUGUUGCGUCCGGGUUAAAGCUCAUGACCGAGGUGAUCGGCAAUGUGGCGGCUGGUCGGCGUGCGUCGUCGCCGUCGGCCAAUGACGCCGAUCCCGCGCAACGAAGGGAGGCCGACAAGCAGGGCCGGAAAAGGGCGGGCGGCGGAGAUGAUGCAGGGAGCGUGAAGCGGAGCAAGGGAGCCGAUGGAGGCCGCGGCGUCGGCGCGGUGGGUCCAGGCGGCUCGCGGACUCGAGGUCAGAGCGUGGUCGACCAGCUCAAGAAGAACGGGGCCAAUGUGAUAAGGUCGCACAGCAAGGGCGAUGGAAUCGGGAGUGCAGAUGGGGGCCAUGCCGACGAGGUUGCCGCACAAGACGGCGGGAAAGGCUUGAGCGACAAGGAGAUCCCAACCGCUCAAACGGCGAUAGAUGGCGGCGCCAGAACCGUCAAGGGACCGUCUGUCGGGGUCGCGGGGACCACGUCGAUUCCCCGAAAACCCCCUGCGACUAGCAGCGCGCCGGUCGGCCCGUCAGCCGCCAACAACGAUGGGCCGGCCCUUGUGGCUACUCCAGCUGCAGUGGGCCCGUCUGCCGCCAAGGGCGACGCGAAGGAUGCUGCGGCUAACCGCGACGGUCCGUCCGCCUCUAAGGUGCCCGCAGCGGCGAACGCGCUCAGGGAAAUGCUCCACCGCAUGGAGGCCCAUCGCAAGGACGUGCAUGCCCCACAUACCGCGCCUCUGGUCGCCGCCCAUCCAACUGCGGACCCAAAGUCCGCAUUGCUUCGCGCUCGGUUAGGCGCACGUAGUGCGGCAGCGCCAGCACAGACUCGGCCGGAAGCCGGCUCAAGCGCGACGCCGACGUCGGUAAACGAGGCGGCGGAGAAGGGCGUGAGGGCAGCGCUAGCCACCGGCGGCGGAGCCGUUGACCAUGCACAAGCGUCGAUAGGCCACAACGACGCCGACAUCGCUGCCAUCCAGAACCUGUUGGAAUCGGUAAAACGCCCCGGGCACCCCGCUGCUCUGGCCAUCUCGGACACGGCGCAUGUGGAGCCCUUGGCGAAUCCCCCCGCUGGUUCAGCGGAGCCAAAGACGACCACUGAUGCUGUCGGCGAUGGAGAGUCGAAACGGAAGGGGAAGGCCGACACAGUGAAAGGGAGGGCGAGCUCUCAGAGGAAAACACGGGCGAUGUCGGCCGAGACAGGGAGGGAUAAGGCGAAGGAGAAGUCGGUGGAGAAAGGGAAGGAGAAGGCGGAGGAGAAGGAGAAGGAGAAGGAGAAGGAGAAGGCGGCGGAGAAGGAGAAGGAGAAGGCGGCGGAGAAGGAGAAGGAGAAGGAGAAGGCGGCGGAGAAGGAGAAGGAGAUGGCGGCGGAGAAGGAGAAGGAGAAGGAGAAGGAGAAGGAGAAGGAGAAGGAGAAGGAGGAGAAGGAGAAGGAGAAGGGACGGAAGGGUCAUGGCAUCCGCCACGACAACUCGGGCGACGGUCUUGGGUGGGUGGGCGAGAUUAAGGUGCUCGGCGCUAAUCGAUACAUCGGCAAAUCGCGCGAGAAGAUGGAGCUGGCGUACUUGCACUCGAUUGCGUACAUCGUCUACGAUGGCUACGUCAGCAAGGUCCUCAUGGCCGAGCUCACCGGCUUGGAGGAAACCGAGUUGGAGAAGUGGAGGAUGGUGUGGGAGGAGGUCAAGAUUUUGCCGACAGGGAUGUGGACGGUGAUAUGGGCACGGGGCGCGUACCUUCCAAAAACACGGUUCGAUGACAUUCUCGGCCAGUAUCGAGCGUACAAGAGCUCAGGCGAUGCGCACCACGACGCGCUCUUGCCGACGAUCUGGUUCCCCGUCGAUGCCGUCACAAAGGAAGGCCAGGAGAAGUCGGGUGCUAUGAUGUCGGCCAUGAUAGGUCGCGUGUCCAUGUGCGCUGCGUAUGGGAAGGUCGCUGCUAGCGCGGCGAGGAAGGAGGGAGACACUGAUGAGAAGACGGUGAUUGCGGCACAGGCGUUAUCGGCCUCCGCUUGCGCCGAGUGGUGCUUAGUCGAGAACGACGACGCCCAGGUGGUCGAUGCUGUGGGCGAAGGGAAGGCGGCGGCGAUGGUGGUCGGUGCGAGCGAGAAGACCGCCGGUGUCUUCAAGGAGGUCAUGCAGGCGGUGCUGGAGGCCGAGAUCGACCGGGAGCAACCCCUGGGGGAGGUUGCGCACAACGUCGCGCCGGCGCUGCAGAGUCUCGCUCUGCACCGGGUCUACCCGGGGGUGGAUCAUGAAGUCGAAGCCGACGUGAUUGCUAGAGCGACAGUGGAGACAUUGGCGUUCUGGGGAAUGUGCCCCGUCGCCGGGCCGAAACUCGAAAAGAUCGGCAUCGCGGUGCCGUGUGACGCGCAGAUGGAGUACGACAUUGAACACAGGGGGAGGAAGGGGCAGAGAGGCAAGCAGGGCAAGGACAGCACGGGGAAGAAGGGGAAGAAGGGCAAGAAGGGCAAGGACAGCACGGCGGCGUAG